UACAUCUUCUUCUCGUAACCCUCGUAACCCUCGUCUUCAUCCUCUGGGUGUACGGGUGAACUAGGCAGUAGGACUGCCUCUACCAUCUUACCCGUGCCUAUAUAAAUAGGGUUGGUAUCGUCCGAAACGAGUCUUUGGUCACAAUUCACGUCAUGUAUUCCAACGGCGAACACGUCGCCCCUACGGCGGUCCUGAUCCUAAUCCUGUGCGUCUUGAGCACGGAUCAAACGCUGUUUUCCCGGAAAAAAUCAACUACACCAGCUACCGCUUUAGAUAAUGUCGCCCUUCAAUCAGAGCCAGUUCCCCAAAAAGAAACAUCGCAUUGGUGGCAAAGGAAGAAUAAACCGGCUAAAACUAAUGAAAAUCCUGUACCAAAUCAAGUAGCUGUGGCAGUACCAGUACCAAUACAUCAAAAGGAAAUUCAAGAUCGUCCGAAUAAAGAGUAUAAUAUGCCGAGAAACAAACUCGUCGUUAAAUCAAUUUUACACAAUCGAAUUGACUAUCAGUGUGAAAUUGAUUUAAUCGACAAGGAGUUAAAUUCAGACAAUGAUUUCAAAUUAAUUAUGGUUUAUGAAGAUACUCACACUAAAUUUGUAAUUAAUCGUCCUCUACGAUGUAGAAUGUAAAUAGUAUUGAUAAAAGAUCGAUUAAAAUACCGUUUCAAGCUUUAACAAAUCCCAAGUGUACAUCUAAAGUUCAACUAGUUAAUCCCGGAUUUACAGGCAAUCAGACUCAGUCGAAGAACAAAAUUCACAACAUACGUUUUCGUCUAGUUUUCGUAUUUUAUUAUAUCGCCAUUAUAAUCCGUCAAACCAAUUAUUUAAUCACGUCUAUUUGUACGCUAAAACUAUAGGUAGGUAACAUCAUAUGCGUCUAUUAGUCUAUUAGGUAUCGUCCAAUUAUAAUAUUAUGCAUAAUAUUAUCUUAUAAAAUCCUAUUUGCGUUUCGUUUAUAACAAUGUCGUCGUGUAAAAACGCAUUUCGAAAAUCUCAUUCAAUUAUAUUUAUCGGUCGUCCGUGUUUAACCGUCGCGUCCUGCAGUACACGUGUUAUAAAAUAUAGUGAUAUUGCACUGCCAUCGUCGUCAUCUCGUCUGUCGGGGUGCUCCGUUCGCGUUCUCAUGCCCGUCGUACCCGUGUAAUAAGCUCUCGAUACGUGAACGCCGUGGGUACGUAGGCAGUUUAUCGAGUUCGAGGAUCGCGAGGACGGCAAAAAAAAAAAACGGACAACGGAAUGAAAAAGCUGAAAGAGGUUUUCUAUAAUGCGCCUAUUAUAUAUACGCGUACCCAUAGCAUAUGUGCAUAUACGCGUGUACGUAUAAUAUAUAUAUGUAUACCUGUAUUAUAUUCAUACGUAGGUAUAGGUAAAUUUUUUUCUUCUUCCGUACCUUACUUAUAUGAUAUUAUUAUACACACUACGCGUAUUAUUUUAAACCGUUUCCGAAGCCCCCGCGUGUGCGGCGUGCACAUUAUAAUAUAAUAUUAUGUGUGCGUACGCGCUGUUGUGUCCGAUCGUGGCGCGUUCGUGAUCGAAGAAAGUGACACCGAAGGUCAAACCCCGAGAUCGCGGGUAUAUGCUUGUAUAUCAUGAGUGUUUUGAACGACCAGAGAGAGAAAUCGACGACGAGCACGACCGGCGGCGAGCCGCGUAUGACAUGUACACGCGGUAUCUUCUCGUCCGUGCGAGUACAACAAGCGUACAGGUAUAUACCCGACUUAUACCAGCUCGUACCUAUAUAUACAUAUCUAUCUGUAUCUGCGCGUAAUGCCUCCACGUAUACGCGAGUAUUAUAUUUUCCAACGCCGAUAGCGCGCGCGGAUGUGCCGAUUGUAACCGUGAGAUUUAUAGUCGCGUAAGAAUAGGUAUUAUAUAGGUAUAAGUACAAUAAAGAACGAAGAGGGGCGUUUUUUUUCGCCCAAUAAUGUAUAGGUAUAAUGUACCUGGUAUAUACGUUUAAUGUUUAUCGUCACAUUCAUUCGUUUGUCAUAAAUCUACUGGUUUUUGCUCGUUUGCGCCAAAUAGCGGAGUGCUGAAGACCGUUUCGGAUGCUGCGCAUCCGCGUGCGAGCGUCCUCGUUUUCAGGGAUGUCAUUUGCCCCAUUAAAUCGUCGCCUCUAGUCGUUGUUCUCGGUGCGAAAAACAAUCAUCCGCAUACCUAUUUAAAUCGCUGUAUAACAAUAUAAAACAAUAAUAUAGUAGCAGUGUUUACAAAAACACAAAUCGUUACGAUAUUCGGUUAAAAUUAUUUUAAAUUUUAAUGUAAAACGCACAAGUCGCGAAUACAAUAUAGAGAUACGUCGUAUACCCGCCGUAUCAUAGGCUAUAUCGGAUUAAAACACCUACAAUCUACAUAAAUACCUUUCAAUACGUUAUUAGUUUUUAUACGUUUUGAAAUUCUCCUUGUAUAAAUAAUAAUUGAAAAAAAAUCGAACGUUUACUUUGCGGAGUUAUAAUGAAUUUUUGCCAUCCGACUGUAGCGUUUCAUGUUAUGUCUGUGAGUGUAUAAAAAUUAAUUUAGUUUAGUAACUAUUUGUAAAUUAUUCACAGAGGAUGUUUUCGAACUCGAAAGUUAUACAAAAUAGCAAUAUGAUUAAAUUUUCGGGCCAUUUAUCAAAACAUUUUAUUUUGAUUUAUAGUAACACUUUAAAACUAUAUAAGUUCUUUUCGUGUGCAUUAAAAUAAUUAGGUACGUGUAUGUUAUACACUUUUAAAAAACCAGCAAUGGUUAUCGAUUUUCUUACUAUAUAAUUCAUCAUAAAAUAAUAAUUAUGCCCGCAGCGUAUUUAUAAAUGAAUAAUGUUAUUAAUACCCAUUUACGAGCGUUUGAACCAUAGGAGGGGGUAUGAUAAAUCAUUAAAUCGUCAGGAACGCUAAUUUCGAUUGUCUAUACAGACAAUCUAUGAUAUCAUUCACAUUUUUUUCCGACUCGAGCACUAUAUUAUAUAGGUAAAUAUAGUGUAUUUAUAUUAACUAUUAUAUAUUAAUAUUUAAUUUUUGUAUUACCUAUGUGUAAAUAAUAUCUGCUCUACGGUUUACUAGAGAAUCGUUUGGACACGUGAAAUGUCAAAUAAAAAAUAACAUGCAAUUAUCGAAUACAACGUUACAUACGUCGAAUUUGUCGACUCGGCCGUCACAGGCACACGCUACACAUAUCUAUUAUUUGUGUUCUAAGAAAAUCAUAAACGUGUGUGGUUUUCAUUCCUUUGAAAAAAAAAUCGUCCCAUACACGCGACGUUACUAUAACGACGUUGUUGACUAUAGUCGUUGUCGUAACAUAUCCACUACACAGUCACUGCAUUACAUUUUACGAGAUCUUUACAAUUCUCAUCGUACCUAUAUCGUACAUACUGAGCACACUUAACCGCGUUAUGACAGUCGUAAAUUGAUACACUCGAAGCAGCAUCGCGUGUCUCGUAAUAAUGGUAUAUACCUAUAUACUGUAUUGUAGAUACUAGUGUACAUCGAUUUAUUAUCGAGUUUUCCCUCCAGAAUUUCACGUCACAAUGUCCGCUCGUAACGACUUAGACCAUAACUCGAGUGUAUAAUUUACCUGUACGACUCUAUAUGAACGGGUUGUGUACGCGGCAAUGCACCGUAAUGGAUUCAGUAGACCGAAAUAUAUUUAUGUGGGUUUCUGUAAUAGUAGUAUUUAUAUAUAUGUGUGUGCGUGUGUGUGUGUAUACGUUGUGAUUAUUAUAUUAUAGGUAUUCUCCGUCAUUCCACUUGUACAAAAGUCGUUUGCGCGGGAUUUUUUCAACUUACUUUUUUAAUUCUUUCCCCCUCCUCCCAAAAUAAUAACUAUCAAUGCGAGAACCAUGCCUUUCUUCGGUAUACGUUUUUUUUAUCGUAUUGCCUACACUUGCGUUUGUGCGUAACUACGCUUUAAAAAAAAAAAAAAAUUGACACGAGCGUGUUCUAACCUUUGCGCGACGAGAUGGCUAUCUCUUUAAUAAUAUAAUAUCGUCCGUUAAAGUCACCGCUACCAAACGAUAAUCCCGCCUAUUGAUUCCAUAAGGUACGCUGUUGUUGUACCUAUUUGUAUGGCCGUAUUGGUUAUUUAUUUUUCUCCGAACAACACCUGCGAUCUCUAUCGACAAACUUUUAUUUUUUUUCAUUUACCUACUUUUUACCACUUUUUUUCAGUGACAUUGAAAAACUGUGAGCUUCUUAAAGAAAGCGUGAUUUCCAUAGUUGUCGUGCAAAGUACGCAUUUAUUAGAAUGUCUACGUUAUAGAAUAUAGGAUAUUAUUAUAAUAAUAUGUAUGUGUACGUUUAAUAGGCAUUGUCAGAAGUACGGAUAUGUAAAUAGUCAUGGUAGCCAUUUUCACAAUUUCUCCGUUAAUUGUUUUUAUAUUUAUAGAUAAAUUGCAAUUAUUUUAACUGUCGAGGUGCUUUCUGUCUGUAAAGAAUGUAAGAUUAUAAUAAUAUUAUGUUUAAGGUCUUUUUUUGUUGUUGUCGUUGUUGUUUAAUCAUUUCGAAUAAUUUAUUUGCAUCACGAUUAAAUAAUAAAUACAUAGGUGUAAGUGGUACUUAGGUAUCCUUCUUGGAAGUUCACGGCACCAUAUUUAUAGGUUAUUUAAAAGUUUAAUUGCGUGACCUGCAUUAUUAUUACCGUAAUAGUUGUUAGUUGAGGUCUAUAUCAUUAUAACAAUCGUCCAGUUUAUUGUACUAAAGUCUGUUGUAUUUUUUUCAGUUGCAAUCUAUCUUUGAAACCCAUUUCAGCUCCGACGUGAAAUGGGUACCGUGCCUGUGCCCAGUGCGUAAA